GAGCCCUCAGCAGGACACAGACCCUGAAUGCUUCUAACAUGAAGCUUAUUCAUGUUCUUCUGUCACUUUUGUGCUGCCACUUAAGUUUUUGCAGGGUCCCUGCGAUUUCAGAUGCAUCUCCAGAGGACCUUGUGGAGGAGAAAUGCUUAAUGAAAAAAUACACACAUCUCUCCUGCAGUAAAGUCUUCUGCCAGCCAUGGCAGAAAUGCAUUGAUGGAACAUGUGUCUGUAAACUCCCAUACCAAUGCCCCAAGAAUGGCACCUCUGUGUGCGCAGCCAAUGGCAAAAGCUACCCGACUUACUGUCACCAAAAGAGUUUUGAAUGUCUUCAUCCAGGGACAAAGUUUGUAAAUAAUGGAAAAUGCACAGCUGAAGGAAAAUUUAGAGUUGACUUGGAGUAUGGAAAUAAAGACUCUGAAGGAAUUGUUAAAGUUAAACUUGUGGAACAAGAUACGCAUAUGUUCAUAUGUAAUAGCAGCUGGAGCAUAAGGGAAGCCAAUGUGGUCUGCUUUGACCGUGGAUUCAAACAAGGUGCUCUUGAUGUGCACAGAACGUUCCAUUUGUCUGAAAAUCUCCAUAUAAAUUCCACUGAGUGUCUGAAUGUGCACUGUCAAGGAUUAGAGACAAGUUUGGCUGAAUGUGCUUUUACUAAGGGAAUAAAUGAAGGUUACCAGGGAUUGGCUGGUGUGGUGUGUUUUACACAGAAUGAAGGUUCUCCAAGAGAAAGAUCCUUCCAAUGUGUGAAUGGGAAAAGCAUCCCUUGGAAGAAGGCUUGUGAUGGUGUUAAUGAUUGCGGAGACCAAAGUGAUGAGCUGUGCUGCAAAGGGUGUCAAGGUGAAAGUUUCUUGUGCAAAUCGGGUGUUUGUAUUCCAAGGCAACACGUUUGCAACGGGGAGGUGGACUGCAUUACGGGAGAAGAUGAAGUUGGCUGCAAAGGUGGCGACCAUCCUGCUAUUCUAGGUCUUUUAUCUAUGGCUCGAGAAGAAACAAAACUGGUGAUUGCUGGUAUGGAUACAGAAAGAAAACGGAUAAAAUCAUUAUUACCAAAACCCUUUUGUGGAGUUAGAGAAAACAUACGCACUCGAAGGAAACGAAUUGUGGGAGGGAAGCCAGCUCAAGUGGGAGAAUUUCCAUGGCAGGUGGCCAUUAAGUAUGACAAUAAAAUCAAAUGUGGGGGAAUUUACAUCGGUGGCUGUUGGGUUCUGACUGCUGCACAUUGUGUCAGUUAUAGCACAACCAGAACUCAUCGUUACCAAAUAUGGACAGGAUUGAUAGAUUGGAUAAAACCUAAUUCUGAACUGAAGGUUGAAUUUGUGGAAAAAAUUAUUGUCCAUGAAUAUUACAAUGGAACCAGUUACCAAAAUGACAUAGCUUUGAUGGAAAUGAAACCAAAUCCUCACAGUAAACGUUGUGAGAUCCCUAACUCCAUACCUGCUUGCAUCCCCUGGUCUCCGUAUUUAUUUCAAGCUAAUACGACAUGUGUCAUUUCUGGCUGGGGUCGAGAAAAAGAUAACCAAAAAGUCUACUCACUUAGGUGGGGUGAAGUUAACCUUGUAAGCAACUGCUCUCAGUUUUACUCAAAUCGCUACUAUGAGAAAGAAAUGGAAUGUGCAGGUACAAUGGAUGGUUCCAUCGAUGCCUGUAAGGGUGACUCCGGAGGCCCCUUGGUUUGCACGGAUAUCAACAAUGUGAAUUACGUUUGGGGCAUUGUAAGCUGGGGUGAAAACUGUGGAAAACCAGAGUUUCCAGGUGUUUACACCAAAGUGGCCAAUUAUUUUGACUGGAUUAGCUCCCAUGUAGGAAGGUCUCUUAUUUCUCAGUAUAAUAUGUAAAAUUGUGAUCUCCCCUUUUUUUCCUACCCUUUGUCUCUCAGGAGUCCCAUUUUGGUCAAAAUUAAUUAAAUAAUCAGUGCUUCUCAAUGGAAAAAAUGGAGGUAAAUCUUACUGAAAUUUUUAUUGACUUAUCAAGCUCAUACUGUACUGUUUUGCUGUACAAUUCUCAAAUAAAUAUUUU